GCCACUGCGCUGCGGAGCGGAGCGCGGAACCGCAGCCGCGCGCGCCGUCCCGAGCCCGAGGCCCGCUCGCCGGCAUGGCCCCCGCGGCGGCGUCGGGGGGCGGCGCCCUGCCCAGCGGCUUCUCGGUCUUCGCCGCCUUCCCGGACCUGCUCUGCGUCCUGGAGUUUAUCUUUGGGGGCCUGGUGUGGAUCCUGAUCGCCUCCUCCCUGGUGCCCAUCCCCCUGGUCCAGGGCUGGGUGAUGUUCGUGUCCGUGUUCUGCUUCGUGGCCACCACGUCCCUGCUGGUGCUGUACGUCAUGGGCGCCCACGGCGGGGAGGCCUCCUGGGUCACCCUGGACGCGGCCUACCACUGUGUGGCUGCCAUGUUUUACCUCAGCGCCUCCGUGCUGGAAGCCCUGGCCACCAUCUCCAUGCAGGAAGGCUUCACCUUCAAGCACUACCACGAGAACAUCUCCGCCGUGGUGUUCUCCUACGUCGCCACGCUGCUCUACGUGGUCCACGCAGUGUUCUCGCUCCUCAGAUGGAAGGCUUCCUAAAGCAGCGGCCCACGGGCGAGAGACCCGGAUGAGGUCAGCUCAGCUGCCGGCACCCGGUUCUGGAACGCAGACAUGGUGGUGAAAAGAGAAAACAAACCACACACACACACACACACACACACACACACACACACACACACGGAGCAGCCCUCUAUUUCUUGCAGGUGUCAUGUUUACGCUCCUCUCUGCCUUCUUCCAGGGGUGGGGGGCUGGCUUUGGGUAGCUUCCAGCUUUCUAGGGUCACUUUCUGUCUGAGUGUGGGGCUCGUAAGGGAAUCGGAGACCAAGACCUGAGGAGGGAAAGCUAACCACCCAUCUGACCAGACCUUCAGCACCACCCACUGGAAUUUUCCACACACUCCUUUGAGGACUUCAACUCCGGGCAGGUUUCUAAGUCUUCAUGAAUAUUCUGUGUCAAAGAGACUAAACCCUCAACAGAAGCCUCCAGAUGCCCAAAGUGGAAGAGUGUACCCUUUGAAAUACUU